AUGGCUCCAGCUAUUAACCGCAGAAGAAUUGCAGCUGCUCUCCUUUUAUCAAGAAGAAGACAAAGACGAAUAACACGCUCUUGGUGGGUGCAUCCACUGAAUCAGAGAAGAGCAUCACAUGGGGCAUUUUACCACCUUGUGGCAGAGCUGCAACUGUUUCCUGACAGAUACCACUCUUAUUUUCGAAUGUCUGUUGCGAAGAUGGAGGAGCUCCUGUCCAUUGUUGGACCUGAAAUACAAAUGUGUGACACCAAUUACAGAGACAGCAUUGAUGCCAAGCAGAGGCUCGCCGUGACUAUCAGGUUCUUAGCAAGUGGGGAAUCAUUCAGGAGCUUAGCCUUCCAAUAUCGUUUAGGGAGAUCUACUACAGCUAAUAUUGUGCACUCCACAUUACGGGCCAUCGAGAAGACUAUGAUUAUCGGUUUUGAGGACUGUAUAGCUCGGGGCAUCGCUCUACAGCCUCGAUAA